AUGGGCCCAAUGACAACCAACAAAAUUCGAAUGACACCAACCUUAACAACUCGCUUUAGAAGUUUACGAUUCCCCGGAACUAUCCUGGCUUUUGGCAGAAACUCAACUAGACAGAAUACAUCAUCAUCAUCAUCUACCAUGACGCGUGCUGCAGUUGUUUGCGUUUCACACGGUGGUGGUCCCAUGCCCGUCCUUGGAGACCCCGGCCAUGCGUCCAUCACAGCUUCAUUGAAGAACCGCGUGCCAAAGAUUCUCAAACUAAACACCCCAGAGGCCCCCAGGGCUAUUGUCGUCGUAACGGCACACUGGUCCGAAGUCAGACCAACCAUCUCGUCAGGCGCUAGCCAUAACCUUUACUAUGACUAUGGCGGCUUCCCGCGGGAGGCAUACUCACUCAAGUACCCCGCCCCCGGAUCGCCAAGUAUCGCAGAGGAGGUGAAGACGGCUCUUGAGAAGGAGGGUCUCUCACCAGUCCUCGACUCACAACGAGGUUGGGACCACGGCGUGUUCAUUCCCAUGCUCCUCGUCAACCCCGCUGCCAACGUCCCUAUCAUCCAGCUCUCCGUCCUUGUUUCCGAGGACCCUGAAGAGCACAUCCGUAUGGGCCGUGCCCUCUCGGCACUACGGGACUCCAAUGUCGCCAUCUUGGGGUCCGGCUUUGCUUCCCUUCACAACCUGUCCAAGAUGCGCUUCCUCUUCAUGGGCGACCCUAGCGCCGCUGCAAAGCUGGGCAAGCAGGUCAACGAGUGGAACAAGGAGCUCACAGACGCCACCGUCAAGGAGAAGUGGGAGGACAGGAAAGCGGCGCUGUCAGGCUGGAGGAAAUUCAGCCACAGCUAUGACAUGCACCCGCGUGGCGGCGGCGAGCACUUUAUGCCGCUGUUAGUGUGCGCCGGCGCUGCCAACGACGAGGUUGCCAGGGUCUACAAGGACGAUUUCCUGGGUCUCGACAUCAACACCUACUACUGGGGAGAUGUACGUGUUUGA